AAUGAUGGCCGCCCCUUCGUGGCUGUACGAGAAGAGGCACUUAAAAAAGCCACGAUUGGGACCUCCUGACGUUUAUCCGCAGGACCCGAAACAAAAAGAGGACGAGCUCACCGCUAUAAACGUGAAACAGGGGUUUAUUACGAAUCCUCAGAUCAACGACGAGUAUGGUUCUGCCAGAAAUGCAAACAUCACGUCCGCAAAAUUCGGAGCCUUCUUCAGUGGCAUCCUUUCUAAAAAACAAGAACUCAAUACAAUCCAAGAUUCGGCCAAAAAGAAGCAGCAGGUCAAUGCCAAAGAGCACUUUUGGCCGGUUACAGCAAGGUCCAAGAACGCUAUUGAGGCUUGGUUCCGUGAUCUUGCAGGCUCCAAACCACUUACAAGCCUGGCAAAGAAGGUUCCCAUAUUCAACAAAAAGGAAGAAAUAUUCUUGACACUGUUCGAAUUCUCAGUGCCCAUGCUUCGGGCUGCUUGGUUUAUCAAAAUGACCUCAGUUUAUCACGUUGCCAUUUCUGAGGCAAAAAUGAAGAAGAGGCAACUUCCAGACCCGUGCCAAGAGUGGACUGCAUCAUUGUGCAAGUUUCUGCGUGAGCUGCUGCACAAGCUGGUAGAACACAGCCACCCUACAGGCCCACCGCCACCCCCUCAGGGAGCAGGUGGAACUACACCAAGUGGCCCUGGUGGCGGAGGUGGGGCAAGCCCUGGUCCCCCUGUGGCUACACCAGCUGCUCCCAGCAUUCCUCCUGACACCACCAUAGCCAAGCAGUGGCACUACUGCACCAACCUGGCCUCGCACCUCUACGAGGAAGGGCUACUAGAUCACCAAGACUUUCUCAGCUGGAUUUUAGAGCUGGUUGAGAAGACCAAGACUCCAGAUGACCCCAUCUUGAAGCUUGUCAUGCCACUCACAUUGCAGUAUGUUGGUGAGUUUUCUCGCUCUGAGCUGCUGUCACGGCGUCUGGCUUAUCACUGUUCCAAGAAGCUAAGCCAGCUGGUUGUGGACUACACAGUCAGCUCUUCGAGGAGCCAGAGUCCAGUCACAACUGUCAACUCAGUUACAACGAAUGGCGGAAACACAGUGUCUCCAGUGCCAAAUCCUCCCUCCAUCAGUCCUCUGGCAGCAAGCUUUGCAGAAUGCCUCAGCUGUCCUCAUCAUCGUUCUAUUGUUCUCCAGUUAUCGGUAGUUGUGCAGUACAUCACACUGAAGUGCCCUACCGCUCUUGUGUGGAACAGCAUUGGUGAAGGCAAGGGAAAUCCCGUUCUGAACGGCAGUCCCUUGGACUUGCUACCAUGCCCACCAUCGUGUCUGCCCAUGCCGCCGAAGUCUCUUGGUGGCCAGUCUCCUUUUAAGAUCGCAGAUCAGCAGCAAGUGCGGCAAGAGCUACGUCGAGUGGAGCAGCAGGUGAUUCAGCGAGGGCGGGCAGCCGAGAUGCACUGGUCAUGUGACAAGUGGCAGCAAAUGGCCGCUGGCACAACCAUUACACGGGUGCUGGGCGUCCUAGAUGCCUUGGACAGGCAUAGCUUUGACCGAGUAGAUGCCACCAAUUCCUUGGACACACUUUACUCCAAAGUGUUUGCCAAAAGUGGUGACCAGCCCCCGCCUGCGGCCUCUACACCUGGUGCAAGUCCUGGCCAUGGGGUGGGGUCAGGAGGGUCUGGGAGCAAUGCAGAAGUGUUGGGGCCCCAGGUGUCCACACCUCCUUUGCAGGAUGAGCCCAUUGUGCGACUUUUGUGCGAGUGGGCCGUCACAACUAAACGUAGUGGCGAACACAGGGCCCUGGUCGUGGCACGUCUACUUGAGAAGCGUCAGAACGAGCUCAACAUAGAGAAGUACAAUGAUGCCGACCUGGUGGACGAGAAGGAUUCUCAGGACUCUGGGAUGGCACCCACUGGUUUACCUAUAUUUCAGAGCCUGCUCGUCAAUUUCCUUGACAUGGAAGCCCCUGUCCUUGAUGACAAGCCAUCCCCCGAGAACCGUACAGCUUUUGCCAACCUUGUGCUGCUGUUUGCCGAGCUGAUCCACUGUGAUGUGUUCUCCCACGAUGCCUACAUGUGCACCCUGAUCUCGCGGGGCUACUUUGCCAGUUACCCACCUGGGGGUGCCGGUCUGCCAAGUGUCAUGGGAACGGGAGCAGGCGGCAUUGGUGGUGCCCCACGUGCUCCGUCACCUGAACCGUCACUCACAGGUUUCCUUGAUCCCAACCUCGGCCCUUCACCUAGUCAUGGAAGUGCCAGCAAUCCUGGAAACUCUGGUGGCAUGUCCAUGGGUCUAGGACUGGGCGAACUGGGCAUUGGAAAUUUAGGGGAGCCUUCUCGUCAGGCUGACUCACUGCAUAUGUUCGAGCCGGGUGCAGUGAAACAUGAGGUUGGCUGGGGUGUUCAGAUGGACAUGGAUGAUGCGGGACUGGACGCUGACCUGGAUAACAUCUUGCAACGCAUCAAAGAAGGCCAGCAGAACAUGAGUGACCAACCUGAUUCUGUAGGCUCAGACAAGGAAGAAGGGGGCUCUCUCCAAGGGCCCACAACACCCAUGGCAGAGACUCCAGUGGGUGGGGGUGUGGGUUCCCAGCCUGGUGGUGGAGCCUCAGGUGUCGGUGGGGCUCCAGGGAGUGGUGUGCGGAGUCCCAACUGGCCACUGCGGCACCUGCAGUACACCACACACUUUCCUCUGCCUCAGGAGGAAGGAGGCCUCUGGUCUCAUGACUGCAACCAAAGGCACAUUCUGCUCUAUGGUGUGGGAAAGAUUCGUGAUGAGGCACGGCAUGCUCUCAAGAAGGUCACUAAAGAAAUACAGAAGCUGUUUGCCAAGAAAGCAUCGAUGGACAUCGCUGACGGGGGAAAGGUCAAACGACACGCUCGUGAAGGUUUCAACUUUGAGGCAGUCACGGCAAGAUUCCAGUCCCUUUCGUAUUUUGACCAACAUGUGGUUGCCCAAACAUGCGCUGCGUCAGUGGUGGAAAUGUUGGCCGGCUUUGCUGCAGGGUCCUUGAAUCACCUGCCCCUUGUCGACUACAUUGCCUUUCUCUUCGACCUUAUGGAGCUGUCGUUCAACAUUCACGGCUUGAUCAAGUUUGGCCUUCAGUUGCUGAAAGAACUCGUUGAAGUUGAGAACCAGCUUGCUCAGAAGGGCUCUACUCUUAGUGGAUCAUAUGCAACAUCUCUAGGCUUGUACAUUGUAGGCCUAUUUUAUAGGUAUCAUUGUUGCCUGCUUGUCUGUCAAGAUUACACUCUACAAGCUUGUGAAAGUUUGUGCAAGCUAGUGAAGAAUGUUGCCAACCCUGCGGAAUGCAGUUCUGCAGAACGCUGCAUACUGUGCUACCUGCAUGACCUGUACUCUUCAUGUUCCUACCUCAAGUCCAAGCAUUCCGAAAUUUUUGGCUCCUUCUACUCAAAAGUCAAGCAAACACUGUACGCCCCUCAGACGCCAUCUUCUCUCAACCUUCGUUGGGAUAGUUCAUACAUGAUUGAAUGUGUAAAUAACCCCAGGGUUAGGGUUGAUCCCCAACAAAUCAAACAGCUCAGUGAAAACCCUGCAUUUAGGUACAGCUUUGUUUGCAAUGCUGUUCAGAGCAUAUCUGUGGCACAAGACGCAGACAGGCUGAAUGACAUCUCUCUCCUGUGUGCUGAACUCACUGCCGGUUGUGGUCUGCUUAGUGCUGAAUGGCUGGGUGUCCUCAAAGCGCUUUGCUGCUCAUCUAAUCAUACUUGUGGCUUCAUUGAUGUCCUCACUCAAGUUGAUGUGGGCGACCUGUCCAUCCACGACAACCUGGCAGUCUUCACGUGCAUUCUGGUGGCAAGGCGCUGUUUCUCCCUUCAGGAUUUCGUGGUGCAUGUGGCCAUACCGUCGCUGCUCUCUGCUAGUCCUGUGGGUGGCGACGCCGACCAGGAUGCAGAGUUGGGUGCCCGGUUGACGUGCCACUUGCUGCUGCGGCUCUUCCGCACAGUAGACUCCGCACCACCUGCGGGAAAUGCCACGCCCCUUCCAAGGCCUCUCUUUCUCAUUCGAUCUCCAUGUGAUCGUCACCUCUUGUCGGCUGCUCACAGCAGCAUGCGUGUCGAGCCAGUCCUUGCAGUCCUCAAGGCUAUCCUGCUGCUCGGGGAUGCUAGCACGCCGACGUUGGAGGCCAAAGCGAAACUGGACUCGGCUCAGGGCAAAGGGGAGCCCAGCAUCAAUGACCUUCUUGGCCCAAUAGAUGACACAGACUUUGACCUCGGGGUGCCUGCCACCUUGGGCAGGCAUCCGAGUAGUGUGGGAGCUCCACGUGGAACAGGCAUAGACAGUGCUGGCCUGAAUGAAUUUGCCAAGUACGCCUUAGGCGCAAUCUGCAGCCAACAGUGGAUUCAUGAACGCUGCCUGAGAGAUCCCGAUGUUCUCUGUUCGCCGGAUCUGCUGCUGGAUCCAAUGCUGUCACACAAACAGGCGGAGACAUUGUUGCACAUGAUCUGCCACCCUAAGAGCACCACCAGUGGCAACACGAAUUCGUGGCUUUCCCCUGGCACCAGUAACAACGGCAUGGACACGUUUGGUUCUAUAGUGGGAAACAGUGUUGUUGGAAGUAGCAGCAGCAGCUCGGGAAGUGGUGCUAAUGGUGGCUCGGCAGGCGGUGGCUCAAGUCCACACGAAAGAGAACCAUGUGACCAGCGGCAGUUGGUGAGCCGGGUGCUACUGGGCUUGGACCAAUGGAGCAUGCGGGUGUCGUGGCUGGAGCUGCAGUUGCGCUACAAGCAGUGUGCCAGCCCUGCUGAGGUCAACGGAUGGCUAGACAGUGUAGCGCGGGCCACCAUUGAUGUCUUUCAGCUCACUAGCGAGGAGUCUUCUCUGCCUCUGUCAUCGUCCCACCGGUCCUCGGGAGGAGAUCCAUCUUCACCAAUGCCAUUUGCUAGGCCCAGCGGUAAUGGGGGCAGCAGCUAUGGAAGGCAAGAGAACGACCGUAUCUGGUUUGUGGCUCCGCUAAUAGCCAAGCUGCCUGCGGCAGUUCAGGGCAAGGUUUUGAAGGCCGCAGGACAAGUUCUGGAGAGUGGCAGCUGGGCUUUCAUCACUUCCUCGUCUUCUUCUAAGAACAAGGACAAAGACAAGCAGGUGCAGAGAAGUGCAUCCCUACUGAGCCACCAGCCAUUCCUGUCACUGGUGCUCAUGUGCCUCAAGGGCCAGGACGAACAGCGGGAAGGCCUGCUCAACUCUCUUCACUCACAGCUCUCGCAGUGUGUCCCCGAGAAGCCUGUAGCAGAGGACUUGAAGAGUCGGCUGCUACUGAACGAGGCACUGCUGCUGAGACUAAGUCUUGUGGGUGGCAUGUUUGACAUGAUACAGCGCAACAACAGCCUCACUACCGACUGGGCCCUGCUGCUUGUGCAGCUUAUCAACCAUGGGGUUGUGGACAUGCACUGCAACUUUGAGCUGUUCACUACGGUCCUUGACAUGUUGGCAGCACUCAUCCACGUAACCCAGAAUGCCGACAGUGUGUCCGGGGAAGAGACUCGCAAGCAGUAUCUCAACCUAGUGAAGAAGAUAAAGAAAGAUUUGUUAAACAGGCGCUCGGAGUCCAUGAAUAUGGUGCACCAGCUUUUGCCCCUCACUAAGCAGCAGUGUCAAGUGACCGCCUGUGAACCAAUGGGCAGCCUGAUUGAUACCAAGGGGAACAAGAUUGCUGGUUUUGACUCUAUAGACAAGAAGCAGGGUCUUCAAGUAGCUGAAAAACAGUUUGUUAGUCCUUGGGACUUGCUCGAAGGUCAGCGAAACCCAGCACCACUUUUGUGGGCGUGGUUCGGGGCAGUACGCAUGGAGCGCAAGCCUCGUCUGGAGGAGAUGCCCCGGAACAGUCUUCUGUGGCACACACAUUCCGCCCUUGCCAAGCCAGCUUCUUAUUUCCUGGAACCGCCACCCCUACCUCCCGAGGAGCUUUUGGAGCCACCUGCGAUCCUCCCGGCAGUGCCACCAAAUGUGGGAGUGGGUGGGCCUCACUUAGGUCCUCCCCCACACUUGGCCCCGCCCCCACACCUGGCCCCUCCCCACCACCUUGUGCCUCACCUGGCUCCACCUCACAUGGGCCAGCCCCCUGACAAGCAUCUGCAGAUGCAGCUGCUGGAAGAGUCCAAGCGAGCAUUGCACGAGAUACACAGCGCACCCUCACCGCGUGGAGGUGCCAAGAAGCCCAAGGCCCAGAGGCGGCCUCGCAAGGCCAAAGGUCUUGCAGGGCAGGCCCCGCCGGUCCGUGGCUCCUUGGCGUACCCCCCUGAGCAACAGCCCAUGUACCCCCAGGGACCACCUCCGCCUCCACAGCAGUGGUACGGACAGCAGCCACCACCCAUGCAGCAGCCAUCAUACUACGCACCCCAGCAGCCCUUGCCCCCAGGAGGACCCCGCUUUGAGCGCCAGCUUUCUCAGUCCAAGGCUGCUCUCAGCUCCAUGCUGCGAGCUCGUCACCCUUCAGCACAGUUUCUUGGUGGGCCACCGCAAGGAGCUCCCCAGGGCCCUCAGGGGGCACCUCAGGCCACCAUGCAGGGUCCAGUUGGUGGACCUGGAAGCGGCGGUGCGCCGCCGUAUGCCCCACCAAACAUGGACAUGCUGCAAAAGCAGCAGCAACAGCGUCAUCAAAUGAUGAUGCGCCAGCAACAGAUGCGCCCCCAGGGCAUGGCUCCUCAACAAGUGGGCCAGCAAGGCAUGUUCCACCCCGGCAUGCAGCAGGGAGCACAGGCUCAAGCAGCUGGCAUGCACCACCUGCCUCCACCAGAUUAUUUUCGAGCUGUGGGGGGCAUGAGCCAAAACUAUGGUGGGGGAUAUGGGGGUGGCGGGCCACCUCCGCAAGCCCUGAUGGAGCGUCGGGCAGCAGCCGGCGUGGCUGGGGCCCCACCGGGCCCUGGUGGUGGCAUGAUGGGCCCAGCCCCGCCAGGCUUUGGCCAGGGCUACAACCCAGGGGGGGCAGGGAACACCAUGGGAGGACCCCCUCAACAGUCUGGCAACAUGGGCAUGAUGAGUGCAGCCGCAGCAGGCAUGCAGAACCCUGGGCCACAGCAGUAUCUGGCUAACAGGCCACAGUAUACCCUCGGUCAAGGAGGACCCGGUGGUGGAGGGGGCCACCCUGGCAACCCCAUGGUGGGUUCAACAGGGGCCGGCCACCUCAGUGGCCCCGGUGGAGGUGGCCCCCAGAGUGGGGCCGGGGCGCCCCCGGGGGCCCGAUCCCGGGCGGGGGCGGCUACGGCGGGGGCGCGCCUGGUGCGACCGCAGCUAACGCGGCUGGCUUGAUGGCCAGCUCUAUGCACCACCAGCAGUUCAUGGCCCUCAAGCAGCAGCAGCAGCAGCAACACCAGCCUCCGCCACCACACCAGCAGCAACAGCAGCAUCAGCAGACUGCAGCGCUUGUGGCCCAGCUGCAGCGACAGCUCUCAGGCAGCGGCCAGGUGCCACCCCAGCAGCAGCAACAACCACAGGGACCACCACAGCAACAUUCAGCAUACCAACACCCGGGUCCCUACUGAAGGCUCUCACCAUUGCACAUAGCAGCUCUCAUGCCAGCAGGGUUUGCGACAGCUAUAAUCAGAGUUCUUCAUGAAGGCAGCCAAACCGUGAGCUAUGGUGAAGGUUAACGCUUUGGCAGCAUCUGCCCAACAACAUACAGAGCCACCCUGAGCUGCUGUUGUGGCUGCUAUUCAAGUGAUAGCCACAGUUGUAACUUUUUUUAUAUUAGUGACAUCUAGUUAAUGGCCUCAGUAAAAGUGUUAUAUGAAGCAAAUGCAAACACAAUCAUGAACUUUUAAAGGCUUUGAAGUGAUAUCUUGUGGGAUUUCAAGGCAUGAUGUGCACUAGUGUUCUAGUGCUCGAGCUGCACGUAGCUACGGGUCAACCCCCUCUUUACAAUUUCGACUAUUUGUGUGCCAGUGCAAUUAUGGGGAGGAGGUGGAAGUGUGUCAGUGAGCUAUCCCCUUCUAAAGUUUAUUUUUACCACUUCGUCACGCUCGAGUGACCGAACCUGACAGGCUUGUUCUGAGGAACGUCUUGGAGCAACACUGACAGUUAAAGGCAUCAGCGAGUCUACAUCAAGCUUUGUGGCUCUAUCACAUUGUGCAUAGAUGAGAAGUGCCUGCCUACUGACUGUCUGGCUUUGUCACCUAUGAUUGCAGUACUAACCCUCGGCUUGUAGGCUCGGUAUGAACACUCAGUGUUUCUCUUAAGCCCCUUCCACUUCCCACUGGCUGUUUCUGUGGCUAGAGCCACAACUGUGCCUGUCGUCAUGAAUUCAGUUAUGCUGUUCUGUAGUCAGCCUUCCUGUUACUUGUAAGGUGUAACUCACUUUUACUCUGUUUUAGUUGCAUAGCUGUAUGAGGCAGCCGCUAGGAACAUCUUGGUAGAAGGCUUGGGCUAGUUAGUUGCACUUGAUGUCGGAUUGGCAAUGCUUACACACAAACAUGGAAAACAAGGUAAACAGAGAAAUUGACUUUGGUGCUGUUCUUUUCGUCCUUCUUUACCUUGUGUGUGUGUUAGUGUGCUGCCAUUUUAGUAUGAAUAACUCGGUGUCACUAAAUAUUGUGCUGUAAUGGAUAUGGGGGAUUUGUUGUGAACAGCUUUGUGCUACUUACGGAUUCUGCAGUCAGUAUGAAUGAAAUGACCCAACUGACAUGCUUGUUAGUUGGCUUAUAAAUGCACUAGAAAAUUAAUUUCUAUGAUAUGUAUAGCGUGGCCAUUAAGAAAACACUUGGAGAAUAAUUUAGAAAAAUAGAGCACACAGUGGGCCUACACUGGUGGAGCAGUCUUCUGAAACACUCAAUGUGCAUGUGGUGGAAAGAGGCUUGAUUGAAAAGAGGCUCCAUUGGCAAAAAGAGAAUAAAAGUUGACCUUUUUUCAAUUUUAUGUCUGUAGAAGGGGUAAUAUUGAAGUAGCAGAAAAGACCCUUGGUCAAAGAGGAAAGGUCACGUGUAUUGUGUCAAAGUCACUUCUGACUAAGUCACUUGAAUAGUCCCAGAAUUGUCAUGCAAUCAUGAACAAGACACAGGGUGAAAUAAUAAAUAAGGGAGGGAGAAUUUGCAAGACAAAUGCUAAGAAAAUUACACAUAAAGGGAGCAUGAUGGUAAAUAUUAAAAAAAAAGUAAAUUAGGAUACAACACACACUUGUGUGGGAGCUUGCAACAAUCGCGUACAAUGCGUAGUGCACAACAUGGCACUGCGUGCUGUCAUUCAGCCACUUAUCAUUAUUCAGAACGUCAGACCUGCCUAUUGGAAUAUGUUUUCAAUAUUUGAAAUGUAAGACCAAAUAACUUGGACAGCUUACUUGAAGAUAGCCAGUGACAAGCAGUAUAAUGUGCUGUUCAUGUGUCUACUUGCUUUUAUUCAUUACGCACAUCAUCAUGCUUUGUGCUUUUCAAGCAUGCUUUUCACAACUUUCUCAAAAAGUGUUGAAGAAAUCUGGCCAUAAAAUUUAUCGCUGUCACUGGUACCAAUACACCGUUGAAAUAGCUUGUGAUAGGUUCCAGGUUGCCUUAAUAUUUUAUAGUGACACUUAGUUCUCUAAAUUUAUUUUUCAGUCAAUAUUUUAUAGUGACACUUAGCUCUCUAAAUUUAUUUUUCAGUCAAGGACACAAAGAUUUGAAUAUGGGCCAGAAUUAGGAAUGUGAAAAUAUCUGUGGAACUCUGUCUUGUGGAAGGGGUUAGAGAGACAAUAAAAAAAAAGGAUGUUUCUCAUACUCAUGUUAGUAAAUUAUACCAUUUUCACAAUAUCAAAAGUAUAACUCUUUCUAUGAGCAAGUGCUUGCUAAGUGAGAAAACGUAAAAAGACAAAAUGCAAGUGAUAACGCCAAAUGGAAGUUCCUGCACCAAUUUGCCUUGUGGAUUUUGACAGCACUUACUAGGCCCCAUGUGGUUUCUCUAAGGGGAUCGAGCAUCAUACCAAGUUUCAAGAAAUGUUGUUCAAAUUCAAAAAUGCUGUCAGCAAUUUGGCUGAAUCAAGCAUGAAGAUAUCCACAGCAGUCAUUUAUCUUGCGGACCAAUAUAAAAGAAAAUGCUGAUUUCAUAUAGGAUAGACCUUUGACACCUCUUUGAAAUCAGUAAUACUAUAUACGGUCUUGCGUGUAAACUAGAGUGCCAAGUAUACAUGACUCUUCCAGCCAGGCUUUUGGCUUUUCAGUGUUCAUGUAUUUGCCAAUUCAUGCAGUGUGCAUAGUAGCCGAUCUGAAUGUGGUAUCUGUUUUAUGUCAAGAAUAAAAAAAGAUGCGUAAAUGAUAAAAAAUAAAUGUAUGCAUCUUCUGUAGUCAUUAAAAAUGAAGAUGUGUCAAUUCGAAUGCAGUGAAAGUCAGGUGCCACCUCUGAGCGUUAACCAGAAGCGGUUCAGCUGGAAGAGUCACGUUUGUCUGGUACUCUUAUUGGCAGGGUAUUUGGUACAUCUGCCAUAAUCGAUGUUUUAAUACGAGCUAGGUUACUUUUCGCUCGCGUACAUUAGAGGACCUGAUAUCUUGAACAUUAAAGACUGCAUUCGUUUGAAUUGUUUUUGUAGUGUAUGCAAAUUAGUGCAGAUUGAGGGCUUCUGAGUAGCUGAAAUGAAAAAUGCUAAAAGGGAAACAUUUGGCUGAUGUUGACUCUUCCUCGAAAUUGCAUGUGGUAGUUGUUGCCAAGUGAAUACAUGUAUCAGCACUACAUAGUCACCGUAGAGUUGAAGUGCAUAAAUAACUCCAAAUGGCUGCAAAUGCCUUAUGAUGCCAUUAGGCUCCGCUGGAUUAAUGUUACCCUGCCAAAAUUGUCUGCCUCUCUUUUGAUGAAAUAAAAAGUGUGUUGACUGGGGACUAUUACCAGCACCACUGCCUAACAGGGCUUAUCAUUUGUGGCUGAUUAAAAAGUUAAUUGCUAUACGUAUAUCAUUGUAGAAUCAGAAUGAAGGAAGUCGUUAUAUUCCGCUGAUUGUCAAUUUGUACUCUGCUAGAGAAAAGAGCUUUUUUUUAGAUGACAUCACUAUCACAUCAAAAUAUGUCCAUAUAUCAAUUGUUAAGUUCAAAUAAAUAGCUUAUAACGAAGGCUGGGCACAAAAGAAUGCUGAUUCAAAUUUUUUAUGCAAAUCAGCAUGAUGAUUUGCAUGAACAGCUGUUUAUUUGUGCAACCUCAUGUGUUAGAGCCCCCCUCCCUGUGUUGUUUUUUUCUUCUUGUUACUGUAAAUCUAUUUUCUCUUUUUUUUUUCUUGUUCAUGAAGGUUAUUGCUGAGGCUGGUGAUCUAUUUUGAACAAUAUCGCUGUGGAUUGCAUGUCACGUAUUUAUUUUAAAAAUUGGUCAUUUCUACACUUCUUUUGCACAGCUUAGGCCACAUACUUCUUAUGGAGCCUCAAUGACUGCUUCAUUUUAUGCCUGUUUCGGCGUAUACGGUGGCUUUUCAAUGCUGAUGUUUAAAUAUUGAAGUUUAAUCUGAUGUCUCAGUCCUGGGUCUGCCACUAAGGAAUUUUUUUUUUUUUUUUUUUUUUGUGAUAGAGAUGGUCAGACAGUUGGUCAGGAAAUAGGAACACUUUAGGUAAUGUAACUUGCUUACAUUGCGAUAGGGCUUAUGUGCUUUUCUAUGUAAAUAUUUCUUUCUGUUGCUUUUGCAGCUUCAUACAUUUGAAGCUGCAAAAGGGUUGUACUCUCUUGUUGUUUCAUUGUUUUGACCUAUAUUUCUGUAUAUAUAUAUACACAUACAUACAUAUAUGCUUUUCAUCUUUCACACCAUGUAUACUGGGCCUUUCAUGCCUGGCAUUUUUCCCCCCCGAUACAGCCACUAGGAGUUUUCAAAAUAUGGAUGACGGAACAGUUCCUGCACAUAAUUUUAACUUGUGCUGUGACUGUAGCAUUUGCCUAUUUAUUUUUGAAGGGCGACUUCUUUUGUCUCCGUGUUGUGUGUAUUGUGACAUGUGGCACUGUACAUGCGUGUUUGUCUAGAUGAACAUUUUAUUUGUAAAUGUUUAGUCCCAUUCUAAAAGCCUUCACUGUUAAAUUAUUUGUUGUAAGUUGCAAGAAACUGUACAUAAUGUUGAAAAAGAAAUGUCUGUGAACAAUAAACUGGUAUGUGCAUAAAAAUUCAUGUCUGAAACAGUGGAAUAAAUGUUGCCUAAGUA